AUUUUAGAAGGUUUGUCGGAAGAUUGAUUAUCAGAAAUCAGUUAACGGGAGAUAAAGCAUGAAGCUGUGUGCUGUUUCCGUCUUGGUGGUGUUCCUCGUUGAGUUCAGCAGUGCUCGAUUAACACCGAUCCUCACGGGGUGUUCCCGUAGCGACCCAAAGUUCGAAAAAUGCGUCAAGCAGGUGGUGGAACGAAUCCGCUCCAACAUGGUGGCAGGAAACUACGGUGAAGGUCAACCGGACGCUCCACCGCUCGACCCCAUCCGGAUCGAUCGAAUGGCCAUCGACCAUGGGACGGGCUUUCGAGCCACCCUGUCGAACGUGACGAUCGAGGGUGCCGGGGCAUUCUCCAUUCGACGGGUUAAGCUGAACGUGGAGGAAAAAAUGUUCAACGUUAGCGUGCGGAUUCCCAGCAUGCUCGUGAAUGGCCAGUAUACGCUUGAUAUGCGGCUGCUGCUGCUACGGAUCACCGGUCAGGGUGAUUUCGAUUUACAGCUAAAUAACACGAUCGCCAACAUGCGCCUUAAGUACUACCUUAAGCCCGGCGCGGACGACCAGGAGUACGUUCAGCUCUAUCCGGUUCAGGUCAAACUACGCUUCGACAAGGGUCGGUUCCAUUUGCAUAACCUGUUCAACGGGGAUCCAACGUUGGGCCAGAUUGGGAACAACGUUAUCAACGAGGAUCCACUGGUGCUGCUGGAUGAGGUGCGGCCUGCCUUCGAGGAGAGCCUCGGCAAGAUUUUCAGCGAAAUGGCCAACAGUGCGAUCAGUGGCGCAACCGAGCUGGAGAUUUUACCGCUUUGAUUGAAUGGUUUUAUUGCUGGUGGGAUAAACAGAAAUCUCAUUUAUCUUUUUUUGUUUUCGUUUUUUGUCGACCGACCAAUUUGUAUCACAACAAGGUGCUGGCUGGUAUUUCCCACAAUCCAUCAUUGGCUGCUGCUAAUUAUUCACUUGUUGUGAAUGGAAGCAAGACAUUUGUUAUUCUCGAAUUUCUAAAACUCAAUUUCAGGGAAUUCGUUUAGACAGACAGCAGAUCGAAUUCAGCUGUGGAAUUUUUUUUUCGCGGAAAUCCUACUUAGAACGAAAUCGAAACCACGAGCUACUUAACGAUAUACAAACCAGCUCAUCAUCCACUUCCGAUGCAAAUGAGGUGCGAGCUGUCCCACUAGCACCAACUAGUCCUAAUUAGCAAAGUCAUCAAGCAGGUUCUCGUUAAUAAACGUCAGCAACUGCAAGUCAGUUUUUUUGUUGUUG